ACAGUGGCCCUGGUCACAGGGAACCUGGUCCAGUUCGGGGUGAUGAUCGAGAAGAUGACAGGCAAGUCUGCCCUGCAGUACAACGACUAUGGCUGUUACUGCGGCGUCGGCGGCUCCCACUGGCCGGUGGACGAGACUGACUGGUGCUGCCACGCCCACGACUGCUGCUAUGGACGUCUGGAGAAGCUGGGCUGUGAGCCCAAACUGGAAAAGUAUCUUUUCUCUGUCAGCAAACGUGGCAUUUUCUGCGACACCUCCCAGCUCCAGCCUCUGGAAAGAGGAGCGGAGGGGGCUGAGCUGAGCCAGGGCCCAGAGGAGCUGGACUCAGGCACCCUCCCAGGGCCUCAGCAGGAGCUAAAG